AGCUGUAGGGAAGGAGGGACGCAGAGUUCCAGUUGUUGGGUUUUUCCUCACACGCUGAUUUUUUCCGCUUGGAAAUCUUCGGUUUUUAAUACAUUUUCUACAGGAUUUCGGAACGCAGAAUUCCCCUUACAAGCCACCUCUGUUGAUUAAUCUCCUCCAGAAGCACAAGUCUGAUUGGCUGCGAUGGCGACAGAGGCGGGGUCAGAGGCGGAGGUGAAGAAGGAGCCGGAGAAGCAGCAGUCGGAGGAGCAGCAGGAGGUCGAACCCCUCGGCGAGAGCGUGCAGAACACCGACACGGAUCCUCAACCUGCCCCUGAGAACCCUCAGAACCCUGAGAACCCUCAGAACCCUGAGAACCUUCAGAACCCUGAGAACCCUCAGGACCCUGAGAACACAGAGAAAGUGGAGGCGGAUCCUGCCACGCCCACAAGCCCCUCCCCUUCCAGCGGGCAGAAGAAGGACAAGGGCAUCUCUCGUUUCCUGCCUCCAUGGCUCAAACGGCAGAAAUCCCUUGUGGAGUCUAAAGACACGCCCACUCAGACACAGGAGGAGGAGGAGCCGAAGGGAGAGGUCGAAUCGCCCGAGAGGAGGGAGGAGCAGAACUCGGUGUGCAGCUCGGAGACGCAGCCAGUGAAAGAGGAGAGGGAGACGGAGCCUGAGGAGGUGAGCGCUGUCGUGUCUCCUGUCAAACCUGGAAAGAAGAUGAAGAUGGUGGUGUGUCACGUGACUCUGCUGGACGGGAGCCAGUUCCAGUGUGAUGUGGAGAAGCGAGCCAAGGGUCAGUUCCUGUUUCAAAAAGUGUGUGAGCACCUGAACCUCCUGGAGAAGGAUUACUUCGGCCUGAGCUUCAAAGACAACGCGGACCAGAGGUGCUGGCUCGAUCCUACGAAGGAGAUCAAACGUCAGAUCCGCAACUCGCAGUGGCAGUUUGCGUUCAACGUGAAGUUUUAUCCGCCGGAUCCCACACAGCUUACUGAGGACAUCACCAGGUAUCUGCUGUGUCUGCAGUUGAGGCAGGACAUCGUGUCGGGACGGUUGCCGUGUUCGUUCGUCACUCUGGCGCUGCUCAGCUCCUACACGCUGCAGGCGGAGCUCGGAGAUCACGACUCGGCCGAGCAGCAGCUCCACUCCAUCAGCGACUUCCAGCUCACUAAAGAUCACACCAAAGAGCUCGAGGAGAAGGUGCUCGAGCUGCACAAGUCUCACAGGGGAAUGAACCCAGCCCAGGCUGAUAUAAAUUUCUUGGAAAAUGCCAAAAAGCUCUCCAUGUACGGUGUCGACCUUCAUCAGGCAAAGGACUCCGAGGGUGUGGACAUCAUGUUGGGAGUGUGUGCUAACGGCCUGCUGAUCUACAAAGACCGUCUGAGGAUCAACCGCUUCGCCUGGCCCAAGAUCCUCAAGAUUUCUUACAAACGCAGCAACUUUUACAUUAAGAUCAGACCGGGAGAGGCGGAGCAGUUUGAGAGCACAGUGGGAUUUAAGCUGCCCAACUAUCGCGCCGCUAAGAGGGUUUGGAAAGUCUGUGUGGAGCAUCACACCUUCUUCAGGUUGACGAAUCCAGAGCAGCCGACGAAGUCGAAGUUCCUGACUCUGGGUUCUAGGUUCCGUUACAGCGGGAGAACCCAGGCUCAGACCCGACAGGCCAGCUCUCUGAUAGACCGACCCGCUCCACACUUCAUCCGCACGGCCAGCAAACGCAGCUCACGCAGCCUCGACACCGCUCCAGUGAGCGAUCGUGGCCACGCCCCCGGUGAGAACGGUCGCGACCCCGCCCUGGAUCUCUCCUCCGAUUCCAAGGUUCCGCAGGUGGAAGAAGGGGCGGAGCCUGGGGAGGCCACAGCCGCAGAAGUCGCUGCCGAACUCGUAGCUGAGACUGAAACGCACGGAGCCGAUUCCUCUGAAACCCAGAGCAAGCUGAGAGUGCAGGGAGAGAAUAUUUAUGUCAGACAUAGCAAUCUAAUGCUGGAGGAUCUGGAUAAGACUCAGGAGGAUGUUUUGAGGCAUCAGGCUAGCGUUAGCGAGCUAAAGCGCAGUUUUAUGGAGGCGGCUCCAGAGCCCCGGCCCAGUCAGUGGGAAAAGCGUCUGACGGGAAGCCCCGCCCCCACCGGCCUGCGCCCGCCCGUCCCAGGGAUAAACCCCGCCCACUUCGAGAGCGUCCUGCCCGACAGCGGUGACCUCAGCAAGAAUGAAAAGAAUUCAGGGCUUAACGGUCAGCCCGAGGUGUUAGAAGUCGUGAACGAGAUCAUCGUUAUCGAGGAGGUCAAAGCGAACAAGCCUGAAAACCCCGCCCCUGAGGCGUCGACUCUGGUAACCACGGUUACCGAGAUUGCCCCGGAAGCAAAGGAAGAGGAGGUGGAGCAGGAGAAGAGCGGCUCGUCGGAGAGCGAGAGUGAGGACGAGGCCGAGUAUCACGCUCAGCUUCCCUCCUCCACAGACUCCACCCAUCUUAUCAAAGAGGAGCCCGAAGACGAGCAGGACCGAGAGGCAGAGCUUAACCAGGAAGCCACGCCUACAGAGGCAGAGCCACAGCCAGUCAGCGAGUCCAUGAAAGAAGAGGAGCCACCAGAAGAGGACGUAUCCGGAGAGGAAGUCCUGGUGACGCCUGACGAAGCACCCAAUGGGCACGCUGAUGACGCUGAAGCUCCGCCCACUCCCUGCGCCGUGGCUGAGGAGCAAGAGGAGGAGUCUUGUGUCGUCAACGGUGAUGCGUCUCACAUGGAAACGGAGCGCGUGCCGCAGGUGAUCUGUUGCUCGGAGCCCCCAGUUGUGAAAACAGAAAUGGUGACCAUCUCGGACACGUUCGCGGCUCAGAAGACGGAGAUCACCACCAAGGAGGUCCCCAUCGUCCACACGGAAACCAAAACCAUCACGUACGAAGCUGCACAGUUGGACGGUAGCGGAGACGGCGAGCCUGGCGUGCUCAUGACUGCUCAGACCAUCACCUCGGAGUCUCUGUGUACAACUACAACUACACACAUCACCAAGACACUAAAAGGCGGGCUGUCGGAAACACGGAUUGAAAAGCGCAUCGUCAUUACAGGCGACUCGGACAUCGAUCACGACCAGGCCUUAGCCCAGGCCAUAAAGGAAGCCAAAGAGCAGCACCCGGACAUGUCUGUGACCCGUGUGGUGGUGCACAAGGAGACGGAGCUGGCCGAGGAAGACGAGUAAAGAGCUGACGCCUGCAGUUCAUCUUUUAUUCGGUUUGUGACGGAGCUCUUCCCCUGCGUUCUCUGAGCGAGUGAUCGUGUCUGAGAGGACGAGAGCGAGGACGACGCUGAUACUCCAAUAAUCGUCCUAAAAAAAAAAAAAAGCAAGACCAGAACCACUUCAGCUAACAUUUUUUUAGUGUUUAUUACUGUUUUUACUAUUUUAAAAAUGUUUCCCUUAAAACGUCGUCCAAUGUUUAGAUCGGAUUUUCUCUCAUUCUCCCCCCAGCCCCCCCCCCCCCCCCCCCCCCCCCCCACGAGUUCGGCGUUCCGAUGAAUUUUUACAGAGUUGCUAUUGAAGGUCCACGUGGGUGGAUAAAUCUCUCUUCUAUACUCUAUAUAUGUAUAAAUAUAUAUAAAAUACAGUUUAUAGUCCUGGGCCAUUAUUAAUUUUUUUUUUUUUUUAAGUGGGAGGGGUUUAAUGUUGUUUAUGAGAAGUGGGCGGGGCUUUGGGUGAACCUCAACAAUCUCAAUUAAGGGACCAGCGUGAGUCAGUUUACUUGCACAUCAGUGCCAAUCCUUCCUCUAUGCAGACACACACACACAUUCCACCACAGGGAGGCGCACUUCGUCUACCUCUAUCAGUAAAAAAAAUAAUAAUAAUAAAUAAAAAAUGAAAACCGAUACAAAAACGACCAAAAAAGCGAUUUCCUGAAAACUCUGGGCAGCUCGACGCGUUUCGCUUUUCCUCCACGGAUUUUAUUCCUCCUGAAAACAAAUUCCCCGUCGUGUUUGUACAAGUGAAACGGAUCUCAUCGUCCCUCUUUUUAAAACAUUUUAUCAAACACUUUCUUUCCUUUAGUUCAUUUUUCACUACAUAAGUUUUACACCAGAAUUUAAAAAAAUAUAUAAACAAACAACUUGGACUCUACAUGCUCUCUGUCUCAUGUUCGUUCUCUCUCUCUCCCCCUCCCCCUCCCCCUCCCCACCCCGUGUACAUCCAGGCGUUCGUCUUUCCUCCCCCUCGUCAUGUUCUCGGCUUGUUUUUAUGGGUUUUGUGUUUUGAGGCUCCUCACCACUUCCUGUGUCCUCUCUUUGUGUAACACUGUUCAAAUAAAAGUUUGUUUAUUCUCUAA